GACAGCGGAAGUGAUUCGCUACCUCAGUAGGUCACAAUGGCGGCGCGCUGCAUGUGAAAAGGACAUAACGAGAACCGGCUCUAUGCUUUGAGAACAUGUUUAAAACACCAUGUACCAGACUGUCAGGUCUGGUUGGUGCAAGCGUGAGCCAGAAGUUAUUAGGAAAUGCUUCCAUCAAUUAUCAGACUGCUCGCAGCCUUAUUCAUUUAUAUAGGAAAGACCCAUCGAAUUGGAUAACAUACCAGCAGCUGCAUUUCCUAAAACGCCAGUAUGUUACAAAGGGCAGCAGCGAGCUCCAUCAGCGAGCCGUCCCUAAACAGACGCCUGCCAUCCCAGUUUUGGAUGAGAGGGACGACAGUGUGGUCCAACGGGUGCAGCAUGUACAGGCUAUCUAUCCCCCGCACCCAGCAGACAUUAUGCCUCAACCAGAUGAUGUCACCAGUGAAGAAGUGGUAUUGCCGGUAAUAUCUAAUGCACUGCCCUCGGCUGAAAGGACCUUACUGAAGAAGGGGAGUGAGAGGGAGACAUCGAAUGAGACGCCACAUUUGCACGUGGAGACAGAUGAGGCCAGAGAGGCCCGUCUGGACCGACAGUGGAAGGAGCUCAAGGUCGACGUAUCCGAGCUACCGGGUGUCUAUGCCAGGCUAGCCAAGAGCAGACUAACAGCCCUGGUGGUGGUGACAGCUGCAGCUGGCUUCGCAAUGGCACCUGUACCCUUUGACCCGGGGAUGUUCGCCCUUGCUUGUCUGGGAACUGGUCUAGCCUCCUGUUCUGCCAACUCCAUCAACCAGUACUUUGAGGUGCCCUUCGACUCCAACAUGAACCGCACCAAGAACCGCCCUCUCGUCCGGGGACAGAUCAGCCCUCUGCACGCCGUCUCCUUCGCCCUGGCCUGCGGCGUGCCGGGCGUGGCCCUGCUCACGCUGGCCGUCAACCCCCUCACGGGGUUCCUGGGGGCCCUGAACAUCUUCCUGUACACCUGCUGCUACACCCCCCUGAAGAGGCUCAGCAUCGUCAACACCUGGGUGGGGGCGGUGGUGGGCGCCAUCCCCCCCGUCAUGGGCUGGACUGCAGCCACCGGGAGCCUUGACCCAGCCGCCCUGCUGAUGGGGGCCUUCCUGUACAGCUGGCAGUUCCCCCACUUCAACGCACUGAGCUGGAACCUGCGCGAGGACUACUCGCGCGGCGGCUACCGCAUGAUGUCCGUCACCCACCCGGACAUGUGCCGGCGGGUGGCCCUGCGGCACAGCGUGGCCCUGGUGGGCCUCUCGUGCCUGGGGCCCGCGGCCGGCCUCACCACCUGGACCUUCCCGCUGGUGUCGCUGCCCAUCAACCUGUACAUCAGCUACCUGGCGCUGCGCUUCUACCACCGCGCCGACCGCGGCAGCGCGCGCAAGCUCUUCUUCUGCAGCCUGUGGCACCUGCCCAUGCUGCUGCUGCUGGCGCUCACCUGCAAGAAGCCUGCCAAGGAGCAGAGCGGGGCCGACCUGCCCUCAGCCAAUCCCGUGCCCAGCUAAGCCACCGGCCGUCCCAGACUGGGCCACAUGUUGAGCGGUCGAGAUGGAUAUCGCGCUGAAGGAACGACGAACACUCGCACACACAGGCAUGUGUUGCUCUGUACGACCUACGGGUGCGUCAUUGUAGGUCAGGGAUUGUGUAUGCAAAAACGGUUCAUCAACGGAUAACAAUCAGAAUGGUGGAAACCCCUGAGUUGCAUCAGGUUGAAAUAAUUUCGAUGUAUGUAUGCGUGUGUGUGUAUAUACAGUUGUCUAUUUAUUAUUAUGGUUUCCCUCCACACCCUCACUAUGCUCUGUAUGACCGGUCUUGAGGUGAUGUUUGAUGUACAUUACUGAAGCAUUUAAGCCAAAAGAUUCUCCAAAUGGAACACAUUGCAUUAUGUAAAUGCAAAUCGACCCCAGGAAACAUAUGUAUGUGAUGUAAAAAUAGUAGGACAUUCUGUUGAUUAAAGCUUUGUAUGUUUGACAUUCUAACAGAGAAAAGAAUCACGCUCUACCACUGUAGUUAUUUUUUUUUUUAAGCAAUCAAUUAAAUCGUAUAGGAAUAAUGUAAUCUGCCUCACCGACUUCUGCAACACCUCGAUCUAACACAGUUCACCUGCUCCAGGGUAAUGAAAUAAUUAAACCUGUUGAACAAAAGAAAAGGCUCAAAUGUU